AUACUUAUGUCAAAGUGGCGGUGGCUGAUAGUAGUACAGCAAUGAGUGUUAACCUGAGUUAACUUAUAUUUUAUACAAUGACUGUUCAUAUUGCAACUGAAAUGAAAAUAGAAAAACUAUCUAAUAUUUAAAAAUGUAUUUUAUUUAGCUGUAUUGUAGACUUAGUUUUAGUUACCAGCUAAUGGAUAUCUAUAAUGAUCAUAAUUUUUCAGCUGACUUUCCCAAGCCAUUUGCAAGACCCAUGAUCAUGCUGAUGAGAGGUUUGAAGUCGGUGACGGCGGUGGAGGGCUCCACCGUCACCUUUGACGUCCGGUACCACGUGACCUCCCAGGACCUGAUGCAUACCGUAUGGUACGUCGGAGAAGAGAUGGCCAUAGCACCUAACAGGCAUUUCGACAUUAAACAAAAGUGCGCCACUUGGGUGCUUAUCAUCCGCCGCGUCACACCAAACAUGGCUGGCGAGGUGAAGGUGCAGCUCAGAUUCGCAUACCCGGGCUAUUCCGUGAUCCUCGGUACUUCCACGGCGAUCCUGGACGUUAUUCCCAAAUAUAGUAAGCGGGCCAAGAAGGUGCCAAAAGACUUCCUCCAGGGCCACUUGGACAUCAUGCCCUGGGAUUUCAACUUUGUAUACCCGAGCCACAAACCUAAAUGUACCCUUCCAAAUGGAUGGGUGAUGCCGCAUUGUCGCAGGGCGCUGGAACUAUAUACAAACAUUCGCAAGCCUCAUCGGAAUCAUACCAAAAUAUAUUUGUCACUCAUUCGGUUCCGGAAUGGCAAAUAUUUCAUUCAAAAUACGUUCGGAGGAGAUCAAAACUCCUCGGUCGUGGUCUACAUGCAUUCCGACAUCUUUCACGACCACCACGACAUAACAAAAGUCACCCACAUAGGCAUAGAGUGGCUAGCACCAAGCUGUAGGUGCCAAUAUCUUGUCGAAGAGGAAGUGGACCCCGGCGUAUUUAAUCAAAUAGCAAUUACAAAAAAACAUUAUGUAAAUAUUAAGGCGCCCCCCUUUGGAUCGCUUGUCCUCAUACGUAUCAGUAGCUUCAGGACAAGGAAGCUACCCAACAUCCACGACGAUUUUGAGAAAUUCCGUCCUCCAAUCUGACAACGAAAAUGCCCGAAAGAUGUUUACUGCAUCAUCAAGCCUUUACAAUCGUACCACAACUUCAUAAGAAGGACUGGAGGUAUCACAGGCAGCGGUGCAUUUGGCCAAGUCCGUCUAGCUUUAGGUUAUGAUUAUCCAUACGUGGCUGCAAAAAUAAUUUGCACGCCGACUGACAUGAGCAAAGAUCAGGCACAUAAUGAAUUCUUAGCGUUCAAGAGCGUUAACCAUCCCGGAAUAGUGACCGUCAUCGAUAUUUUUUCGUCCAAGGAUAUGGUCAUCUUGAUUGAAGAAUAUCUAUCCGGUGGGAACUUGUUAUCACGGAUUAAUCAAACAGAACAUUUGGGUGAAGUGGAAAUCAUGGAUUACAUACAUCAGAUCCUUGUUGCGCUGAAGUAUAUGCACUCCAUAAGCAUGGUUCAUGAGGAUAUUAAACCUGAAAAUGUUGUUUUCGCGACCAGAAACAGUAACGUUUUAAAACUUGUCGAUUUAGGUCUCGCCAAAUAUAAUUUAUAUAGACUUGACAUGGCCUGGGGAUACAAGAUCCCAAGAGAGGUCAUCAAACCAGCGUGCGAUAUGUGGCGAGUGGGAGUUAUGACCUAUCGGCUUUUAUUGGCGCUUACGUUACCGAUGACCGCUCCUUCUAGAUACCCCAGCAGAGUAAUGUUGCGUGAAGAUUCAUUCGAUCACGACAUUCAGAAGCUAUUCAAAUUUUCGGCAGCUGCGAAGGAUUUUAUGUUUAACCUGAUUAGGGUCGACCCUUCGCUGCGGUUCACAGCCGAGCAGGCGCUUGCGCACCCGUGGUUCAGGGGCUACACCCCUCCAUUAUGUCAUCGAUUCACAUUCUCCUCGUACCACGAGGUAGUGCGCAGUCGGCUGGAGUAUUUGCUCGAUGUGCAUAUAGCACUGUCCGAGUUGCAAAUGUUCCUGGUCAUAGCUGAGGCCAGUCGGCAACGAGAGGCUACUUUACAAUAUUGUAAUUGAUUGAACAUUUAAAAGUUAAUUAUCAAUUAGAUUAGUUUAUGUAUCCUGUCAAUUAUUAAGUCCAUUCACAGUCAACUCUACAUCCUAUUAGAUCACCCUUGACGUACAAUAACUGUUUAAGUAAAAUGCAAGAAAUUUAAAGUGCGAGGAGAAAAAAUAUUGGUUCUUAUAUGAGUAAAGUGGGGCUGAACGCCUGGAGGACGGUCGACUAAAUUAUGUAGUUUAGAAAAUUGUGACUCGAUCUAGAUUCAAGGAUUACUUCCAUCGAAUGGCCAGUUGUAUAUAUUGGAUGUGCGGAGACAGGGUCCAGCACGGAACACUUACUGGAGACUUGUUUAUAACUGACUGCGAAAUGCAAAAGCUGCAGAAAUCUAGUGAUGUCGAAAGGAAUAAAAAGCUCUACAUGUAAGACGGCUGCGUGUGGAGUGUAGAAGUCUUGAAGAUACCACUUGUGGAGCGAGAUACCUCAGCGUCAAAUGAAUAAUUGGACCGCAAUUUGGAAUAAAAUACAGCGAAAUGAACACUAAUUCAAUCAUUUCAGAAAAAAUAAUUGCAAAAGCCAGUGUAUUUAAUCUUUUCAAGUGUCACAAUACAUUUAAAGUGAACUUAACUAGUAGUGAUUUUUUAAUAUUAGUGUGGUGCGUGUUUAAGAAAUGACUUUUAAAAUGUGUAAUACAUUUAUCUAAAUGGACUCUUUUAAAAUUUGAUCUAAAUGUUAGUUAGUGAUAUUGAGAACAAAAGACUUAUAAAUAAGAAUAAUCGUGAAAUUUAGAAUAUAAAUUAUAAUUUACAACCUGUAAGCGAAUGAGAUGCCCACACUAGAGAAGACACUGAUGAAGCGCGACAGUUUCGCGCUCCUUCGACCUCCUCCUAACCAUGGAUGCGGAGAGCUCGUGUGGGCAGCACAGCGUCACGGCACUUAACACAAGUACUCAUCAAGCUUCAAGCAGGCAAAUACAAGAUGGCGGCCGGGAAGAGGAAACUGAAACAGCGUGAGAACGUCUCUCACACAACCGGCUCACAGUCGGUGGACACAGGAAUGACGAUACUUGUGCAUUACAUAUAGGUUGUAAAUUAACAAAGUAACGUGUAAUAUGUGUAUAACAUCCUUGGACCAUCUGAUCACUAAAAGUGCAAUGGGAUACUCUAGAUAAAGUGAUGGAACUAAGUGAGAAUGAGAAAUUUUGGCUUAAAAGCAAGUGAUCAUAUCGUGCAACGAUUUAAAACGAAAUCUCUUAUCGAAUAUGUAUUUGUGUAGUUAUAAUUGUGUCGAUGUUUUCUUUUAGACUACGAAACAUUUUUGAAACUUAAUAAUAUCUAGUAGUGUCAUAUAAUCACAUUAAAACUCUAUGAAUAGAUUUAGCUCGUUUCACUCAUACCUCUAAUAGAAAAUACGGAGUUUGAAAUGCUUAAAUUGUCCAUUUUCAGGAACUCUAAACAAAUAUAUCCUGAAAACAUUCCAUUCUUCAAUGCGCGCAUGUAGUGAGGCAACUUCAAAAUGUUGCGCAUUUUAUACAACCUUUAGCCUAGCUAUGCUUCGGACAAUUUGUUGCCUCAUGCAUUUUGAGUUUUGUUAAACAAUGGCAUUUGUAGAUUCUAUUCUAGUUAUAAGUAUGUACCAUUGUUAUCAAGUUCUCAGCUUAGGUAACCGAUACCAGAAGAGUAGGAAGAAGUCAGCGUCGAGUCAUGAUGAAGCAUUUCCGCAAUCGCUGUGAUCUGCCAAACGAGCAUUACUACGCAGGUUCCUCCAACACUUUCAUUUGAAUGGGCCGCCACGACUUCGCAGGCUAUGAUGUUGGAAGCCACUUGAUCAACAUACAACAAAGCGCAGUUCUUCGGUGCGGACACUCGGCAAGCGUAAGGCGAUCGGGAUCGAAGAGUUUAUCGCGAAGCAUCAGCCGCAGUGAAGUGUAUCCCGGUUCCCGAGAGGUAAGUGCUCCAUAAAAAGACAAUCGGAGUCAAUUAUAAUUGAGAUUAAUGGAACUUACCCUAGGACCUCCUUGUUCAAGGCGACCACUUCACCUGAACCAUGCACGUGGGGUCCGAGUCAUCAGUAAUACAAAAGCAGACAACGAAAUAUCGGCUGCAGGGGCUUGGCCAUCGAAGAGUUCGUCAUAAAGAUUCGGCUCGAGAUACGACAAUGUGUCCCCAACCCUGAGGAACUCAAGUUCCUCCAACACUUUCAUUUGAAUGGGCCGCCACGACUUCGCAGGCUAUGAUGUUGGAAGCCACUUGAUCAACAUACAACAAAGCGCAGUUCUUCGGUUUGUUAAUCGGAAAAUAGUUGUGUAAUAUGAAUACAUAUAUUAUUCUAAUUAAUUAUUGUCCGAUUAACAACUAGGUGCGGACACUCGGCAAGCGUAAGGCGAUCGGGAUCGAAGAGUUUAUCGCGAAGCAUCAGCCGCAGUGAAGUGUAUCCCGGUUCCCGAGAGGUAAGUGCUCCAUAAAAAGACAAUCGGAGUCAAUUAUAAUUGAGAUUAAUGGAACUUACCCUAGGACCUCCUUGUUCAAGGCGACCACUUCACCUGAACCAUGCACGUGGGGUCCGAGUCAUCAGUAAUACAAAAGCAGACAACGAAAUAUCGGUCUGUAAAUCAGACAAUAGUUUGCGUUAAUGAAUAUUUUAAAAUAUUCUAAUUAAUUAUUGUCUGAUUUCCGAUAGGCUGCAGGGGCUUGCAGAGCCUCGCGGAAUGAGUAUCGCUAGGCUGCAGGGGCUUGGACGCGUCUAGGGUGGCCAUCGAAGAGUUCGCCAUAAAGAUUCGGCUCGAGAUACGACAGUGUGGGAUACAUUCCUGAGGAAUACAAGAUGGUCGUGCUUGGAGAGCGCCAGCGUUGAGGGGACCAGCGAGAGUCAGGAAGCGUCAACAAGAUGCCUUAGACUGUUAGUGGAUAUCAGAUUUGUUUGCCGUUCAUGCCGUCACUAGAGCAAGAUGGGGACGUACUCAUCGAUGGACAACAUCUAGGUGUGUAGAAACACAAAUAAUUAGUUAAAUGUGUUUAAUUAACAUGUUGCAAUUAUUUGUCUUUCUACUGCACAAGCUUGUGGCGGAGAAUUUCAUGACUUCGAGAUGGCCAGCGAUGCAGAGAUCGAGCGUCGGGUGCGGCCUUCGACCAGAUAUUUUAGGCCAAGUUAGGUGAUUUUCAGGAAAAAAAUACAUAAGUUAAAGUCUUCACAUUAUCCUCACUAAUUGGUUAAAGUAACUGUAGUGUUUAAUUGUAUUUAUUAAUUGUCUUACUUAAUCUAUUGAGCUUGGACACAGAAUAUCAUCUAAUAAAACAAUUUGCAGUAUUAAAAGUGUGGUGAGGAUAAUGAGUCCUUAAUUUGUGUUACUUAUUUCCUGAGAAUCACCCUCUUAGUAAAAAAUAAUAU